AUGCAAGGCGAGCGGGCUACCGUCAGCGCUGCCUUCAAGGCUCAUGCUCGGAAGGAGCUCAUAGACCUACUCGACUCGGUUCGAGGGAAGAAAGGUCUUGUCCUUGACCCGUCAUUGAGUGGUCCUCUGAGUCUGAUAGCAGAAGUCUCGCUUCUCAAGGAACAUGGCGUCGACAAGAUCUACCACCUAUCUGCAGAACCAUUCACCACUGACUGCACGAAUUUGAUCUACAUAUGUCGUCCCAAACUGGAAUAUGCUCGAUGGAUAGCAGCCCAUCUUCAGGCAAAUAACAAGACCGGCAAGAAGAUUUCCUACAGUCUCUUCUUUGUGCCGCGACGAACGCUCCUCUGCGAGCGAGUUUUGGAGGAGGAGGGAGUUUAUGGAGAGAUCACCCUCGGCGAAUAUCAUCUGGAUCUGAUUGCUUUGGAGGAUGAUCUGCUGUCACUGGAAAAUGGGGCCUCAUUUCGAGAGCUGUUUCUGGAUGGAGAUCCUACCGUGGUCUACUCGAUGGCGAAGGCUCUGAUGAAGUUGCAAACGAUGUUUGGAAUCAUACCGCGAAUCUGCGGAAAGGGUCAACAAGCGCGGGCAUUGGCAGAUCUGCUACUUCGAAUGCGACAUGAGCUUGUAGCAAAUGCGAGCGACGCAUUACAAGGACAUAUCUUCCCGGCUCGUUCCGAAAUCAAUUCGCUCGUCAUCAUCGACCGAAGCGUGGAUUUCGUAACGCCGUUAUGCACGCAGUUGACGUAUGAAGGACUGGUUGAUGAAGUCAUCGGGAUUCGCAGCACAUUCGUGGAAGUAGACGCCACAAUGGUCGGAGGAGCCCCUCAAGCCACAGGCACCAGCGCCAUCUCAUCACAAACCGCAAAGACCAAGAAAGUCCCCCUGAACGGAUCCGAUCCGCUGUUCACUCAAAUGCGCGACCUCAACUUCGCUGUUGUUGGGGGGCUUCUUAGUCAGAUUGCAAGACGGAUUCAUGACGACUACGAGGGACGGCAUCAAGCCAAGACUGUCACGCAGAUCAAGGACUUUAUUGGAAAGCUGGGCAAUCUCCAGUCAGAACAUCAGUCACUCAGACUCCACACCGGAAUAGCCGAGAAGCUGACGACUUUUACGAAGGAUAGCGACUUCAAUGGCGCUCUGGAAGUCCAGCAAAAUUUUGUAGCUGGAAUCAGCAACAAAACGCACCUCGAAUAUCUCGAAACGAUGAUUGAUAAGCAGGCUUCGCUGGAACAUACACUGCGUCUUCUAUCCCUGUACUCUUUAGUGGAAGGAGGGAUCAAGCCGAAGGUGUAUGAUCAGUUUCGGCGUGAUAUCGUGCAGACAUACGGCCACACCCACAUCCUGACCCUCCAAAACCUGUCCAAAGCCAACCUCCUCCGCAAACAAGACCCCACCACCCCGCGCAGCCCCUUCCCGCAACUCCGCAAACUCCUCCGCCUCAUCGUCGACGACGUCAACGAGCACAAACCCAACGAUAUCUCAUACGUCUACUCCGGGUACGCGCCGUUGUCCGUGCGGCUCGUGCAGGCGGCGUGUUAUAAGAAUCUCGGUGGGGGGGUUGUUGCGGCGAAUUUGCCGGCUGGGCAGCAAAGUGCGAGCAAGAAUGUGGGGUGGAAGGGGUGGGAGGAGGCGCUGAGGUUGGUGCCCGGGCCGACGUUUGAUGAGUUGCAGAAGGGGGGGGAGAGGGAUGGGGGGAAAGGAAGCAAGGACAAACCGCCAUUGACGGUGGUAGUCUUCCUCGGCGGAUGCACGUAUACAGAGGUUGCUGCGAUCCGGUUUUUGGCCCAACAGGAAGGACAACGAGAGUUUGUCAUCCUGACCACGAACAUGGUCAAUGGGAACUCGAUCAUCAAGUCCAUGACGGAGGAGUUCAAUGCUGCGGCGUCGCCUAGCGCGUAA